AUUUUCAACUGGAUUCACAUUAGAGAGAGCACGCCGUGCCUUUUUCCUCACCACCUCGCGUGCAGCCAAACCAACCACCAGCAGGAUGGGUCGCGUUAUUCGCGUUCAGCGUAAGGGUCGCGGAUCCGUCUUCCGCGCACACACGAAGCACCGCAAGGGCGCUGCCAAGCUUCGCACGCUCGACUUCUCCGAGCGCCAGGGCUACAUCAAGGGCCUCGUCAAGGACAUCAUCCAUGACCCUGGCCGUGGUGCCCCUCUUGCCACGGUUGUGUUCCGUGACCCUUACCGCUUCAAGCUUCGCAAGGAGCUGUUCAUCUGCGCCGAGGGCAUGCACACUGGCCAGUUCAUCUACUGCGGCCGCAAGGCAAAGCUGACCGUCGGCAACGUCCUCCCCAUUGGCGAGAUGCCCGAGGGUACCAUCAUCUGCAACCUCGAGCAGAAGCCCGGCUCCCGCGGCAACCUCGCCCGUGCCUCUGGUAACUACGCCACCAUCAUCGCCCACAACACGGACGCCAACAAGACCCGUGUCAAGCUGCCCUCUGGCACCAAGAAGACGAUGCCCUCCACAUGCCGUGCCAUGAUUGGCCUCGUUGCCGGUGGUGGUCGUAUCGACAAGCCCCUCCUCAAGGCCGGUAACGCCAAGUACAAGUACUCUGCCAAGCGCAACUGCUGGCCCCGUGUCCGUGGUGUUGCCAUGAACCCAGUUGAGCAUCCCCACGGUGGUGGUAACCAUCAGCAUAUUGGCCACCCCUCGACUGUGGCUCGCGCCACUCCCCCUGGCCGCAAGGUUGGUCUCGUCGCUGCCCGCCGUACCGGUCUGCUUCGUGGUGGCAAGAACAAGAACAGGGACUAAACUGGUUGUGCGUGCUGGUUGGUGUGUUCUCGUCUGUUUCCUGCUGUCAUGAAUAAAACGCCCUUUUGGAUGCAACGCUGG